UUAUUUGUUACACAGAAAUGUGAUUGGUCAGUCACGAUACAACUAUUCAAACGAAGCAAUAUUGGUUCGUAUCUAUGAUUUGAUUUCCUCUUGCGUUUGUAAAAAUUUCCGCACGAUAUUAAUGAUGACUGCGUUGCUUUCAUCAUAUAAUCGUGAAUAGCAUUGCACAUGAUUCAUAACGCGAGUGCACUUACAAUUAGAAUACCGUUGAAUUUGUAUUUGCAAAAUAGAUGCUGUUUACUUGCAACUUUUUAACGAAUUAGUUUAUCUUGGUUGCAAGUAAAUACUUGGAUUAAUUAAGUAACUGCUGCGAGCGGAACACAGAUAGCGCGUAAAAAUAAACCACAGUGGAGCCGAAUGAUAAAAAGAACCAGUCAACUCAUACAUUAGUAAGAAUCAGCGCGGCGUACGAAAGUAAGAUCCGUAUCAUUAUUCCAGCAGUCAAAGCGCGUAGUGCUUGUUAAGUGGUUUUUUCAGCAGCGAGAGUGCGACUGAGCGAGAGAGUGUUUGUUCAAUUACGUAUAGAAGCUCGCAAGUAGAUAUCUGCCAGGGAGAUAUAGCAUUUUAUACAAGCAUAUUUUGACGAAGCACAAAGCAGCGAAUGCCGACGACGACGGGGCGGAGAGGGUGAAGGAAAUUGAGGUUAGGAGAUAGUAGUGGACGCACUAGUCGCAGAAGUAGCAAGUCUGAGUGUGACUGUGACGGUAGAGGAAAACAUCCUCUAUUCCGUCGGCUAUUUUGACGUUUGCGGGCAGAGGAGGAGAGACGCUGCUCGACGCCAUGAUGGAUGGAAUAUGCGACAGUACCGAGAUUAUCAACAAUGUUCCAACUAAAAAGACAAUCUCAAAUGAAUCCUCAGUCGAUCAACCCAAUUGUAAAGCGUUGUUGAUUGAUAUCUCGGAUGCACUUAGUGAAAAGGACAAAGUUAAGUUCACUGUGCACACUAAGACUACUCUGCCAGAAUUUCAGAAGUCUGAGUUCUUUGUUGUUAGGCAGCAUGAAGAGUUUGUCUGGUUACAUGAUAGGUUUGAAGAGAACGAGGAGUAUGCUGGUUACAUUAUUCCACCCUGUCCUCCAAGGCCUGACUUUGAUGCAUCCAGGGAAAAGUUGCAAAAGCUUGGUGAAGGUGAAGGUAGCAUGACUCGAGAGGAGUUUAUGAAGAUGAAACAAGAAUUGGAAGCGGAGUAUUUGGCUACAUUUAAGAAAACUGUUGCCAUGCACGAAAUGUUUUUAACUCGCCUUGCUCACCAUCCAGUGUUCCAAAAUGACCAUAAUCUUAGAGUUUUUUUAGAAUAUGACCAAGAUCUUUGUGUAAGAGGAAAAAAUAAAAUGGAAAUGUUUGGUGGAUUGAUGAAAUCGUUUUCAAAAACGAAAGAUGAAUAUUAUUUGUCAGCCACUGUGAAAGAUGUUAAUGAUUUCUUUGAUCAAGAAAUGACAUUUCUUACACAAUAUCACCAAAACUUAAAAGAAGCUACAAGUCGUGCUGAUCGUCAAACAGCUAAGCAUAAAGAUAUGGCGGAUUCUUAUAUAAAAAUUUCUACUAAUAUUUUACAAUUAGCUACUACAGAUGAUGGAAAACUCGAAAAAUUUUUAACGAAAAUAGCCGAGACAUUUGAAAAACUUCGGAAAGUCGAAGGUCGCGUUGCGUGUGAUGAAGAUUUAAAGUUAUCUGAUACUCUGCGGUAUUACAUGAGGGAUACCGCAGCUGGCAAAAGGCUAUUGAUCCGGAGGCUGAAAGCGUUACACGCUUACGAAACUGCGAAUAGAGCUUUGGAAAAAGCACGUGCCAAAAAUAAAGAUGUACAUGCUGCACUGGAGGUUGCAGAGGCGGAGCAAGCUCAGACCGAAGCAUGUACAAAGUUCGAGCAAAUGUCGGAAAAAGGAAAAGAAGAACUAAAUGAUUUCAAAACGAGGCGAGUUGCUGCCUUUAAAAAGAAUCUCAUUGACCUAACGGAAUUUGAAGUAAAACAUGCGAAGGCGCACGCAGAUAUGCUCAAAAAAUGUUUAGUAAUCCUCCAAAGCGAGUGAUUCGAAGAAAGUAAUUAACUAACCAUAAAGACUACGCUAUAAGUGGACAGAAUAAAUGGAUAUAAUGAUGUAUUUAAAAGAUUAAGAUAUUAUAUUGUAAAAUAUUAUAUUUUUUGUUAUUCUAAGCCGCAUUAGCGCGCCAAAUAAAAGGUUAAGCAUUGAGACAAGUAAAUUUACGUAUGCCGAAUGAUUAAUAAUAAGGGGUGAAUGUAUUUUUCUAUAUUUUUUUCAAGCUAUAUAAAUCAUAGGAAAAUAGCUUUUUGAUUAACUUUUUCAUACAAAAUGUGAUUGAUAAUAUUGGCAUUGAUAAAACAAUUGUCAUCUUCAAGUAAAAAUACGCGCAUGACAUUUAGAUCGUCUUCUUAUAUAUGUAAAGUCAAAAUGUUUUUCUCAUCUGUUAUGUUCAUUAAAUAUGGCUCUUUAAAUUAUUAUAUAAAUCAAAAUUUGAAUAUCAUACAAUACGUAUCGAUAAUAUUGUAUACAUGAUUAAUGUUUUCAUUAAUAUGAUGUAAUAAAAAAUGGAAAAUCAAUUCUGCUUAUUUUUACUUAAAAAAUUUAUAAAAUAGUAUUUUAGAUAAUGUAUA